AGCACGCAGAGAUGGCAGCAAGACCUCCAAAGCCUCUUCGACCAUGCCAAAGAGCGAUUCCCCGACGUAGUAUGGGAGCUUCAGGAUGAAGAUGGUAAUGAUAAACUUGACGAGGUUUGGGGUCACAAGGCGAUGGUGUACGCCCGAGCACCUCAAGCAUUUCAGGCGCAAUAUUUCUCGUUUCGCCCUUUGCCUAUGGCAUCCCUGUCCUCUUACGAUCUUGCGGGAGCAGAAUCGUCGGUAUCGCUGGCGUUAUCCCUUCCUCCGGGGAUGUUUCGGAGACCAUCCUCGGGCUCUCCAAGGUCCUCGUCGCCCGCUGCGUCAGCAUACACUCUUCCUGUCCAAACCGGGGUAACGGCAGCCUACGGUCCAACACAAAACGUGCCCGUUCUCAGACUGACAACGUCGAUUGCGCCUGCUUUGUUUUCUGCUGAACUUGAGCACCUCUAUACCGCCAAGGGGAUCUCCGGAGAGGCGUUCGACUUUCAUUUCGACUCUACAGUCGGAGCUAUUGACUAUAGAUCAGCUGCAGCAUCGGACGAAGUGCGUCUGGAGAAGUUGAGACACGAUUUAGUCUUCAUGUGGCGUUCGAAACUUUACUCCGACAUCCGAAUAUCUCUCACCGGGCCCUUCUCAUUUGGGGACGACGGUACUCCUACGAUGCCCGACGAACAUUCCUCGGCUGAUAAGAAUCCCGUGGACGAGACCGAGCAAAUGGCCUUGUUCUCCACCCAUCGAUUCAUUCUGAUAUCCCGUUCUCAGUAUUUUCGGCAUCUUCUUCUCAACCCCUCCUUUGCUCCGCCUGCAAUAUUGAUGAUCGAGACUCCGGAGACAUCAACCUCAUCUUCAGUCGUCGAUAAUACGCCGGCCAUAAGUCUUCCUUCCCCCCCUUUCACCCCAGCAUCCUUGCAUUUCACCCUGGGAUACAUCUAUGCUGGCACCCUAUCCUUUUCCAACAGGACCUUCGACCUUUCAACUGCGUUUGCCAUUUACCGAUGCGCUAUCUAUCUUUCCAUUACCACUCUUCAGGUUGAAGUAGAGACUCGAUUAAUAACCGAAUUCUGCCAUGGUCUGUUUUACGCGCAUCUUCCUCUAGACGAAUUCGAGCGAGCAGUGAAGGCAGAGGAUCCUGAUGGCAAAGACUGGGCUUUUGCUGGAUGCAACUGUCGGGUAUGUGCCAGGCGACUUCCUCGAGUGCUUACAUUCGCCCUUGCAUCCGACGUGAAGAAUUCCAUCCUUGAGCGAGGCGCUCGACGUGGACUUGUGGCCAUGUUUGGCGAACCAUGGUCAUCUAAAGAGUUCCUUGCGUUUCCGUCCAAGACCCGAAGCGGUCUUGCGAAGACUGUCACCAGCCGUGUGAAUCCACACACCGUCGUGCGACAUCUCGGCGCAGUUCGCGCUCUUCGAGACGCCGGAGCCUCUCAGGGUUAUUCGAGGGACCUCGAAGAGCUGGCCAGUCUUGUGGAAAAGAAGUGCAAUGAGGUCACGGCUUCACAGGCAUCUGCACUCUUCAGAACCCACAGUUGGCUCGAUGCGCUCGAUGGCGUUGGAUUCUCUCGAAUGGACACUGUGGAAGACGUUCUCGCGUCCUUCAUUCGCGGAUUGACGGAAAUAAAUGUCGCCAAUGCGUACGAAGCACUUGUUGGGGAAGUCUUACUACGAACGAACGAACAAGGGGACGUUGUUCUACCUCAGGGAAGUGAUGUGAGGAACAAGGUGGAGGAGACGAGGAAACAAGUUAUAUCUUGGAUAAAGAAGCGUUUGGCGGGCGUUCGACUCGUUGGGGGGUUUGACCUGUUGGAGAGUUGGAUACCAACCAAAGAUCUCACUGGAAGUCCUCGCACAAUAGCCUCUAUUAGCACAACCGCGUCGACUGUUCGGGGAGGAUCCCUCAAAUCUCCAACUACCACCGGUACGCUAGGCAUCACCCUGAAUGUGGGUAUUCCUUGCGUAAUCACAUCACGACGUGCCAGAUAUCGGGCAUACGCGCGGUACAUCGGUGAGGUGGCAGGGUUGCCUGGUCAAUGGGUCGGCGUCGAGGUUCGCGUGGGUUCGGAUGUCGAUAAAGUGGAUGCCCGCGAGUGGAACGAUGGAUCUGUCGACGGUGUCCGUUACUUUUAUCUAGGUGGCGGCAUCGGGGAUGAAGAGCCUGUCGAAGAAGAGAGGGUAAUCAAGCGACGGCGGCUUGAUUUACUUGGAAGCAUGCACUCUACUAGUUCCACGCUGAGUCUCGUAAACGACCGGAAGGGUGCUGCGAGCCCUGCGUUUUCAGAGGCAAGCACUGCGGCAACAGGCUUUGAGGGCAGAGGCCUUUUUGUGCGCCCUGAGCAGGUUAUCCUCGUGCAACAUGCA